AUGCCGCCGAAGAGUAUGAAACACAUGAGCACUCAGCCCGCGGAUGAGGUUGUGCACCAGGAUGAUGCGGAUCAUUCCGCAGGAAUCCCACCCGGAUCCCAAGCCCGGCCUCCAGCAAAACGGACCGGAAUAUCUUCUACCAAACCAGCGGUAGCCGCCCCGCGGGCUCCUCGUGGCAGCAAGAAAAAGGCGACCCCGCCCCCAGAGAACGAUACCUCUGCGGCUACGCAGUCCCGCCCAGUGCCUUCACGUCGUGAGUUACAGACUAUAGGUGAAAAGGCUUUUGAGGCUGUUCUUGUAUUUCUUCAGCUCCUGUGGGUGUACUGGCUCAAUCUGCCAUGA